AUGCGCGCAGCUCGCAAGAGAAAGCAAUCCCACCCACAAUCCUCCCCAAGAUCUCCCAAAUCCGCUGCCGCCGGUGGCGGCGCCGCCGCCGGAAGCCCAUUUCCGGACCACCAGCGGCCUACCCCCGUAGAAUGCCGCUCCGUGAGAGACGACCUCCUGUCCCUCCACGGUUUCCCAAAAGAAUUCAUCAAAUACCGCGACCAGAGAUUGAAACCAAAAUCCCAGCUCAAAGAUUCAGAAAAUCUCGGGCCUUUGAAGAACGACGGCGAUCUUGACGAGGAAGAGAGUGUCUUGAAUGGUCUAGUGAAAACCAUAUUGUCCCAGAAUACUACAGAGCUUAAUUCGGAAAGGGCUUUUGCUUCACUCAAAACUGCUUUUCCUGCUUGGGAAGAUGUUCUUGCAGCUGAGUCGAAGGACAUUGAGGAUGCUAUAAGAUGUGGUGGCCUAGCUCCAACAAAGUCUGCUUGUAUAAAGAAUUUGUUAAGCCUAUUGCUCGAGAAAAAAGGGAAACUUUGCAUGGAGUACUUGAGAGAAUUGUCUAUUGAGGAAGUCAAGUCAGAGCUUUCUCUUUUCAAAGGAAUCGGUCCAAAGACAGUAUCGUGUGUGUUGAUGUUUUAUUUACAGCACGAUGAUUUCCCUGUGGACACACAUGUUUUUCAGAUAGCUAAAACUAUGCGAUGGGUGCCACCAAUGGCAGACACUAAAAGCACGUAUCUUCAUCUCAACCAAAGAAUUCCGGGUGAACUGAAGUUUGAUCUCAAUUGUCUUCUUUAUACUCACGGCAAGGUAUCCAUUGUGAAGGUGCUGCAUCAAGAUGAUACUGAAGGUAUCAAGGAGCAUCAGGUUUUAUUGCUUCAUGGAUCGUCAAAUUCUUGCUCUGAGAAGAGUUAUACAGUCAAGGCAUCCGUUCGUGACCCAAGUUAG